AACUACCAUCCGCACCCAAGUUGUGCGCUCCUUUGCCCUAGUACCCACAGCUUUUUUCACCAUAAGCGAGGGUUGCAACUCAGUCUUCUAUCUUCUACACCCGAUCAUCGAAUUCAACGAGCAUACGGCAACUGCCCGGUAGAAGUUGCCCAUCAUGUCGCUCGUCUCGGGAGAGAAGUCGAACUUCCAGUUCAUUCUCCGUCUUCUCAACACCAAUGUUGACGGAAAGCAAAAGGUUAUGUACGCCUUGACCAAGAUCAAGGGUGUCGGUCGCCGAUACUCCAACUUGGUCUGCAAGAAGGCCGAUGUCGAUCUGAACAAGCGCGCUGGUGAGCUCACCUCUGAAGAGCUCGAGCGAAUCGUCACUAUCCUCCAAAACCCUACCCAGUACAAGAUCCCCACGUGGUUCAUCAACCGACAGCGCGAUAUCGUCGAUGGCAAGGACUCUCACAUUCUUGCCAACGGUGUCGACUCCAAGCUCCGUGAGGAUCUCGAGCGCCUCAAGAAGAUCCGCGCCCACCGUGGUCUCCGACACUACUGGGGUCUCCGUGUCCGCGGUCAGCACACCAAGACCACUGGUCGCCGUGGCAGGACCGUCGGUGUCUCCAAGAAGAAGGGUGGUUAAACUUUUUAUGGGUGUUGGUUAUGGGUGGACAGGCGUGACGGCUGGUUUCUCCAUCUUUCUGAGCAUUUUGAGAGGUUUGCUUUCUGGCAUAUGCAGCCAAAGCAAGGGCUGUACUCUAGAUCAGAGUCACGAAUCAAAAGUAUUCAAGUAAA